AUGGUUUACAAAUUUCAGCAUCUAUUCCAACUAGAAGAACACUUAUAUCAGGCAAAGGCUCUUGGAAGUGUACAGAAUCCAAUUGAAAUAUUCAGUGAUGAAGAACUUGUUAUUGACAAUGAGAGUUCUGAGAGUGAGGAUGACUUCAAUAACAAGAUACACAACUGUUCUAGCUCUGAAUCUGGCUUCAAGUCAUUGUCUCAAACACAUCCUCAGUCAUCUACUUCCAUGAGACAAAAUUCAUCAUUUAUUCCAGAGCAAAAGAGACACAAAGCCUACCAUGCAGCAAGAUCAGCUAUUCAGCAACUAACUUUUCUUAAGUCAUUGAGAAAUGCAGAAGAAUCAUUUGCUGAACUUGACCAGCAACAUUGCACAGAUCUGAAUCUGCUUCAGACAAAUGCAGAGAGCACAAUUUCAAUCUCAAAACCAUCUAGUGCUCAGCCAGUGUCCCCAACAGCUGAACAACAGCUGAGUGAAAAUGCCACCACCAUACUGUCCAGUCAGCAGAAGUGCAAGAGAGUCUUCAGUGUUGACACAGCAACUUCAUCUGAGCUGUAUAGCACAAUUCCAGUCUUGAAACCAUCUAGUGCUCAGCCAGUGUCUCCAACAGCUGAACAACAGCCAAGUGAAGAUGCUGUUGGCAUACUGUCCAGCCAGCAGAAGCACAAGAGAGCCUCCAGUAUUGACACAGCAAUUUCAUCUGAGCAGCAUAGCACAAUUCCAGUCUCAGAACCAUCUAGUGCUCAGCCAGUGUCUUCAACAGCUGAACAACAGCUGAGUGAAAAUGCCACCAUCUUACUGUCCAGCCAGCAGAAGCACAAGAGAGCCUCCAGUAUUGACACAGAAACUUCAUUUGAGUCAUAUUUCUUCAAAAAAUCCUGUGCUGGUGCUAACUCUCUUAAUUUACAAGAGUCUGUUGAAUAG